AUGGCCUCACAAGUCUUGGUUUACCCACCUCACCUGCACUCCGCUCAAACAAGUGCCUUAGGAACCAGCAGAAGUGCGACCAGCAGAGACACAGGCGCAGCCCACCACAGAAAUAACACCAGCAGAGCCUUUCAGCACCGACCCCCACCCAAGACCUAUGUGAUAGGAGUCAACUACGGAAUUGCCUAUCCCAACAACGUUAUCCCGUCUUCAGCCGGUGCUGAUUCAGGAAGACGACACAGGGGAGUACAGCCUGAAGAGAGACAGGAGUGGACAUUACAGGCGACAGGAUUACAAAGAGAGGACAGUUUUGAGAGACAAGGAGAAGGUCCAGCUGGGAUCCAUAGCAGAGGCCCACAGGAAGUGAGGCCUUGGGGCGACAGUGGUGGAACUCCAUCAGCAGGAGGAGGCUUGGACUGUGGGCUACUGAGGAGGGGGUGUAUCCGAGCAGAGGAGGAAGAGGGCAGGAUCAGGAGAGUACAAACCAGAGGGGGGUAUGUUAGUCUUGUAGACACAGGCACUGCCCAGAGAUGUGAACAAUACAAGGCAGGUGUAAGUGGAGAACAACCGCGGGACAACAACUGCACCGGAACCAUGCAGAUAGUGGAGGAGGUAUCUGCUCUACCUUCUCUUCCUCCCACUGUGGCCAUGUUGCAAACCAGCACUGGGAAUAAUAGAGACACUGUCAGAGUAGGGGGCAAAGGCACACUGCCUACCCAACACAGCACGGUUGAUGGAGUGAAAGACAUGGGUAUCGGGGCGAACAGGGCCGAGGUGAAGCCUAACGCUAGCACUGAGGCAGUGGCGGGAGCUACGGUGACCAGAACUGGAUCUGGAGAUGGGGACUAUCAGUUGGUUCAGCAUGAGGUUCUGUGCUCCUUGAAGAACAGCUAUGAGGUGUUGGAGUUUCUCGGACGUGGCACCUUUGGUCAGGUGGUGAAGGGCUGGAAGAGGGGAACGAAUGAAGUGGUGGCUAUAAAAAUACUGAAGAACCAUCCAUCCUAUGCACGUCAGGGACAGAUCGAGGUGGAGAUCCUGGCCCGGUUGAGCAACGAGAAUGCAGAUGAGCAUAACGUGGUGCGUGCUCUGGAGUGCUUUCAGCACCGCAGCCACACUUGCCUGGUUUUUGAGAUGCUCGAGCAAAAUCUUUACGACUUCCUCAAACAGAACAAGUUCAGCCCACUGCCGCUCAAAAUCAUCAGGCCUAUUCUGCAGCAGGUUGCAACAGCCUUAAAGAAGCUGAAGUCUCUGGGUUUGAUCCACGCUGACCUGAAGCCAGAGAACAUCAUGUUAGUGGAUCCCGCCAGGCAACCUUACAGAGUCAAGGUCAUCGACUUUGGCUCGGCCAGCCACGUCUCCAAGGCUGUGUGCUCCACUUACCUGCAGUCCAGAUACUACAGGGCUCCAGAGAUUAUUUUGGGCCUGCCAUUUUGUGAGGCCAUUGACAUGUGGUCACUGGGCUGUGUGAUAGCCGAGCUCUUCUUGGGUUGGCCUCUCUACCCCGGAGCGCUGGAGUAUGACCAGAUCCGGUACAUCUCUCAGACUCAGGGCCUGCCUGCCGAGCAGCUGCUCAACAAGGGGACCAAGACGUCUCGUUUCUUCUCCAAAGAGUCGGACUCUCCCUACGCCUCCUGGAGACUCAAAACGACAGAACAGCAUGAGAAAGAGACCGGACUGAAAUCCAAAGAGGCCAGGAAGUACAUCUUCAGCUGUCUGGAUGACAUAGCACAUGUGAACUUGGUGCUGAGUCCCGACAACAGUGACAUGCAGGCAGAGAAGGUGGACAGGAGGGAGUUUGUGUCUCUGCUGAAGAGCAUGCUGCUGAUUGAUGCUGAGAACAGGACUGUUCCCUCUGCUGUUCUCAAUCACCCCUUCCUCACUAUGACUCAUCUGCUGGACUACCCACAUAGUAACCAUGUGCAGUCAUCUUUCCGCAUCAUGGACAUGUGUCACGGCGGCCCCACCAAUGCAGUGUUUGACGCUCUCAACCAGAACACCAUUCAUUUCUCCAGACCUCCUGUGGUCCCUGCCGCCUCCUCUGGCCUCCCUUUGGGCUACAGCAACAUACCAGUCCACCCUCAGGCGAUAACCCAGCCAGGUCCCUCGGUGUUGCAUCCAGGGAUCGCUCUAACAACUGGGAACGGUCAGUUUGGAUGCAGCGACUCGUUCCCGCCGGCCCUGCUCCUUUGUCCUCCCACCAUGCAAGGUUGUUUUAUGCUUCCUUUUAAAGGUAACCUGAAUCAACCAGCAGGGUAUUCUGUUCCCAUGGUAACUCAGGCCCCUCCCAUACAGCCCCUACCAGUGAGGCCUGGUGUUAUAGCUCAGCAGGCCUGGUCCAGCCGUGGGCAGCAGCUCCUUGUCCCAGCAGCCUGGCAGCAGAUGACUCCCGUGGGCCCUCCUCCCUCUCACCCCCCUCCACCACCUCCAUCCUCCUUAACCAACGACGCCACAGCCGGCCCACAGAGGAUCAGCGACUGGGGGAAAGUACGUCCCCACAGCAACCACUACAGUUCAGUGAUUCAACAGCCUCUCCUGACUAACCAGAUGCCAGCCCUCUCUGCCCAUCAGCCAAUCAACAUCGGCAUAGCUCAUGUUGUGUGGCCACAGCCGGCCAGUAAAAGGAACAGACACAGUCACAACAGGAACCUGUCCCACCCCAGUAACAUCCACAUAGCGGCUUGUCGGACCUCCAAGAUGGCUGAUGUUGUUGGAAAGGCAGUGUCAGGAAGGGAGCAGCCUCAGAGGGAGGCGCCUCUGGUGGAGACCAGGCAAGUGGAGGUUCAAAACACAGAUGAGGAGGAAGAUGAUGCCGAGGAGGAAGUGAGCUGCUUCAGAGAGGUGGUACCGAACGGUAUCAGACAGCUGGACCUCUCCAGUCAACAACAGAGAGAUGUGGCGGUGCUGAUGGGUGACACACCGAGUCCUGCUCACAGCGUGGUCAGCAUUCGCAGCGAGCUGACUGACGGAGAGGAGGACGAAGACCCACAGAGGUGCCGUCUGAAAGAGUGCAAAGAGGAGUGUGCGUGCGAGGCUUGCAGAAACACCAGUGUGUCCAUGGAGAGGGUGUGUUCUCUUAGCAGCCCUGACAGCAGCCUGAGCACCAACUCUUACAACUCCAACUCUCUUCAUUCCAGCCCCUCUGUCUCACCCUGCAAGAGACCCAACAGCAUGUCUGAGGACGACGGCCACGAGAGUGGCUGCGACACAGUGGAAGGUUCCCCCACAUCCGACACAUCAAUCUCCCCACGUGGCAACAGACACUACCGUUACCUUGAUAACGGCAACCACAACAACCGCCCACCUUUGACUUCCAUGGUAGCACCACUGCCUACCCCUGCAGUGCAGGGCAGGAGUCCCCGCGGUGUCCGAACAAUGGUGGUUCCACCAAUGAGAGUGCAGAACAACAACAGUCAGGGAACAGAGCAGCGUGUCUUCAGAACGGCCUCAGAGUCCUGGUCCCGGUCCAAAGGGCGCUGCAGUCUCUUAGGACAACAGAACAGUCCCUCUUCUGCCCACCUCCUCCCAUCCGGCCCCCUCAUGUCCAGGCAGCAAAAAGCAGCGGGGCAGCACCUGCCCCCUCUGGCCUUUGGACAGGUGCAGCCGUACGUUUCAAACCACGGCAGCAAAGAGUGGAACGGCAACUAUGGGCCGCUGCGACCGCAUGCCUACAUUCCCCCCACUGUCCACACACACACCUUCACACACCUGCAGCACAGCAGCCCCACGCACACCUCAGCCGCCCCACAUACCCACACCCAGGGCCUGCCCACACACACCCUGCUGUCCUACCCUCCCGGCGGCCCCCUCACCACCGCCCACCACCCCCAUCCCAUCCUGCCGUCUCGUCCUCCUCCCCCUCUCCUCCAGCACAGCUAUGGUCUCUCCCACCCACAAGGAGGCACUAUAGUUCACCAGGUAACCCUGGGCAUCAGCGCCCACCCCCACCACCCCGGUCAUCCCGCACACAGGCUCCUGCCCUCUCCGACCAUCCACCCGCACCACCAGCCCAGCUACGCCCACCUCCCCCACCAGUUCAAGCCUCCCUUCCCCCCUCCACCGCCCCCUCCUCACCCCUACAUGGCCUCGCCAGCUGCCUACACCGGCUUCCCUCUGAGCCCCACCAAGCUCAGCCACCACCCACAGUUCUCGUAUAUCUGAGGUCCAGGACGGGGCCACAGCAGUUCCCUCUGGGGAGGAGGGGCAACACAAAAUGGAGCGGGGCUGCGACCUGGGCAGGUAGAGCGAGUAGCAGAGCACAAAAUGGACACUUUUGAUGAUGAAGAUUAGGAAGACGAGAAUAUGAUUAUGAAGAGGACGGAAAACUGUGUAUUACAAGAGAUUCGGAGAGAAACACAACAACAGCAAUGCUGAAGAUGAUGUUUUAUGGAGGUUUAUUAAGCCUCCUUCACGUGGAGGUUCACGUCAAAAGUCAAAGACAACUUCGGAUCUGAUGGACUUAUCGCGAAAUCAGCAGAUUUCAGCCAUCGGAGGAAACUGAUUAAAACUGCAAAGCUUUAUAAGAGAACAUUACACAAGUGAAAUAAUUCACCCGUGAUGAUGAUAAGGAAUCUUUCAUUAAGAAUGUCCUUUGCACAUUACCUCCUGUCUUUUAGUGUUGAGUUGUGUUGUGUUCUAAUUAGAGGCUGGAAUUCAUUUAUUGUCGUUGUUGGUGUGGGAUCGCUCAGCCUCCCCUUCCCUUUAUCUUUGUUGCCUUGUAGCACGUGCUCGUCGGUCAGAUCUGUUUGUUAAGCCAUCCCAGUCUGUAUUAACCAGGACCCAACGCUCCUGUCUCUGUUUCAGGCAGACUUUGCUGCUGCCGCCUCCUAGUGCCUUAAAACCAGAGUCUACGACGUUACUUCAGGAGCAUAUAGAUUGUACAUUGAAAUGGGCUUGCAGCACUUAACCUUCAGACUCUGAUCACAUUGGGCUUAUUGGACGAACGCUUGUGGUUGUUUUUUUAAUAUUGGACUUCAGUUUGCUUUCUAACUCAGAGUAUGGAUUUACUUUAGCUAGAGGCUGCACAUUUAGGGCUUUGACUGAAUGAGCUUUUUAAUGUACAUAAAGAGUGAUUUGAUAUUUUGAUAAUCGAUUUCUAUUCACUAUAGUACUUAAUUCAUAACAGUAUUGUCACUGUUUACUGUAACUGCAAUACAAUCUAGAUAGCCUCUGGGUUGCUGUGUUUGUAUUAUUUUUUGCAUUUAGGUUAGACUUGCAGUAAUGCAUCUUAUGUUUUAGAGUUUUUUUGGGAGUGGCAUAGACUUAAGAGAAAUAAGUUUUUACUUUUAAAUGCUUGUCAGUGUUUGAAAUAAUCAGCUUACAGUGUCAUUGCUGGGCUAUUGAGUGUUAGAGGUGUAUUGGUAAUUGUUUAAAAUAUUUGUGUGAGAUGAAUUUUGUCCAUGUAUUGAAGCCUGUUGUCAGUUUUGAUACAUUCCUUCAGGGUGGAUGCAUAGCCUUGAUUUGUGUGUGUGUGCGUGGGUUUGUGUGUGUGUGUGUGUGUUUGAUUUCUCAUGUGUAGUAGAGCUGCGUCUUUACCUGUCGUCAUAUCAACUGGUAUUUUACUCCAAUCAGCACCAAAGACUGUUCAUUAAUCAUUUCUGAAGCAUGGUCGAUACGAUUUCUCCCUUUCACCUCCAGCGUACUGUUGCAGUUAUCAACAUCGGAAUAUAUUGUGAAAUCUCUAUUUUAAAAAAAACAAAAAACCAAUGAGGUUGUGGUUUUAUUUUUCUGAGCUAUGUUUGGCAAAUUGUAUUUGGAAUGUAUAGUUCAUAAGCUGCUAUGUACUGAUUAUCUGCCACUUUCGUAGCUGUGAAUUUAGAGGACUAAUCUCAUUCUAGCCUGCAACUCUCUCUUCUGUAUCGUAGUUCACACGACUAUAUACGAUAGAAGUGGGUGUUAUUUUGAUCAUAGAGUAUAUUGAAUGCUAUUCCUAUAUGCUAGUGCCUCUGUAUAUUGGCUUUGUUGUAUUGAAGUGAUUGUAAACUGCUGUAAUGGAAGUUAUGAGUUAUCUUUUUAUUUUUUUUGAUUCUGUUGCUUUUUGGUGUGUGUUUGUGUGCGUUUUGUGUGUGUGUGUGUAUUUAGCAUCAGUAUUUCAAACGUAGGCUGGGUUCACUCUUUGAUUCUGUAACCGGUGUGUCGUUGACGUAUUAUUGUGUUUCACGUUUUUUUUUUUUUUUUAAUCCUCUGAUGACACGGCUUUUGUUUCUCCGUUAUUGGACUGUGUUCGCGACUCUUCGUACUGUACAACUUAGUGCCUUUCUUCAAACAAGUGGCUGACGAGGCGACGUCUCGCGUUGAUAUCAAAGCGGUCUGAAAUGUGUUGACUCAAUUCCUCCUGAAGGGAUCAGCUCCUGUUUUCACAUCACAAAACCCCCAAAGUUGUUGGUUUGACUAAGAUGAUUUUUUUUUUUUUACAGAAUCCUAAAAAAGUCAGGGGUUGUUUUAUUGUGCUCACCACCACCAACACCGUGCAGUGCUGAGAAACAUGGGGCCUGAAUAUACACAAAUGCAGAGCUUUACUCUCACACCGUGAAUGUAUUUGCGGACGUCAACACAUCUGCUUUUGGUUCACAGAUGAGUUGUUGCAUUUCUAACGGCUGCACAGCAUUUUUCUCUCAUUCUGUGAUGGGGAUGUUGAUAGUUGGGGUUCGCAGCUAGAUGUCGCCAUGUGUUUCAGUCAGGGGUUCUUUCAAAAUGCUUUAUCAAUCAUACUCAAAGUGUUGGUCCAAAGCUGUCAUCUACUCAUUGUACUACCUUGUAAUUGUUUCGCUAUAUGGCUUAUUAAGUAAUGGGUUUUAUUUCGUGUACUCGUCUAAAUAUUCUACUGUGUUGACGAUCCUUGAACAAGAGGAUGUGCUCGGUUCAGCUUGGAGUGCAGUCUAUUAUUAUAAGUGAUUCGUGAGUGUAUGUGUCACGAAAUAGUGAUCUGUACUUAAAGGAACACGUUUUGUUUUUGGACCCUCGCUCGUCGAUAUGCUCUCUGUCAGCUCGGCGCCUGUAAUGAGAUGUGCCCACCUCGGUAAUCCCCCCCCCCCC